GAUACAUGCUGUAAAAAUAGAAAAAGCAUGAAUGGUUUUUGGGGCAUCAUUGAGUAUUGGUGGUAUACCUACUUCCGUGUUUGUGGACCAACUCUGGUGAACAAAGAUAAACAAUUUCCGAUCUUAAUGAUGUACGACGAGUCGAAUUGGGCACCAAGGAAAAUUGACGAUGGGUAUGGCAGCAGCAUGGCACACAGAUUCCUACAAAUCCAAAGAACCAGCAGAAAUGUAGUUCUGCAUGCGCAUCGGGGAUAUAAGGAGUACGAACAAGAUGUCUCCCAAAGGUUGGAAAAUUAUUCACUACAGCAAAUGGUGCUAUUCAGUCCUUGUUCGAACAUAGGCGUUUGGUAUAUGGGCGAAAGAUUUCUUUUACAAAUACGCAGCAUAAGAGCCAAGGCCGCAAACCCCCCAGUUCAGAUUCAGGUUUCCAGAACCGAGUACGAAAGGAUGUUAGCUGACGGAAGUGAUUGGGAAUUUUGGGAUGUAAACUGCCAGAUGGUGCGCGAUGAAAGUGAGUACCUCAACUGGUACAGUAAGAUCUCGAAGCCGCCAAUUUGUACAGAAGCACAACACAUUUGUAACUGGGAUUCUUCAACACCUAGUAGGAUUGGUGGUGGUCAAGGUAUUAGUCCAAGUCACCCUCCUCCAGAAAAACCUUGUUUACAUACAUAUCCAACAGAAGGAACUUCUUCAUUGUCGUUUGGGUCAAAUUUGCCAGCAAUAGAUUGGGAGGUACAGGUUAUAAAUUCCCAAGGGGAGACUAGGAUGAUUCCAAUCUUUUCACAAGGCCCCGAUCGAACUAUUCUUACUUAAGGGUACAUGCCACUACAGAACAAUUAAGGGAGAGGUGCAAUGAGUUUGAAUAUCUAACUCAAAAAAUGAAAGCUAUGUACUUGGAGCAGCUAAACAAGUGGAGGGUCUACACAAUAACACUUGAUAAGUCCUCACAACCCGAGUUUGGACGACAUUCUACUUCUACUCAUCAAGGUUCUGGAAAUGAUCAAGGUUUCACUAACCCAUUGCAGGGACCUUAAUCAACAGUAGUAGAUCAGAUGUGGUACUAGUAUGUAAAACAACCAUCAUACUCUACCUAAAAUUACUGAAACGUUGAAUCUAUGGUGAUGUUGCGAAAGUGCUAUCUUA